GAAAAGGGAGAGGGCAUAGCACCUCCCACGUCCUAUAUGCGAGAGAUCGAGUAAGAGAGGCAGAGAGAGAGAGAGAGGGAGAGAGAGAGAGAGUCUGCUGUGGUGGUGUUUGGAAAUCGGACGACAUGAGCUCUACAUGAACCGUGUAAAAUGCUUUAAGACGCUUUCGGCGUUUGUCUUACAUCCGUCUGAACCGAGGACGAGCCUGAAGCGGAGCAAUACUUCACGACCAGGUGUAACACUGUCUUAAGCCUGAGGGGGGCAGAAUGCCGGAGCAGAGCAACGACUAUCGUGUGGUGGUGUUCGGGGCAGGGGGAGUGGGGAAGAGCUCCCUGGUCCUGCGCUUUGUGAAGGGCACCUUCAGGGACACCUACAUCCCCACAGUGGAGGACACCUACCGCCAGGUGAUCAGCUGCGAUAAGAGUGUGUGCACCCUCCAGAUCACCGACACAACAGGGAGCCACCAGUUCCCGGCCAUGCAGCGCCUGUCCAUCUCUAAAGGCCAUGCCUUCAUCCUUGUCUACUCCAUCACCAGCAAACAGUCCCUGGAGGAGCUCAAACCCAUUUACCAACAGGUGUUGGCCAUAAAGGGCAACGUUGAGGCCAUCCCCAUCAUGCUUGUAGGCAACAAGAGCGACGAGACCCUGCGGGAGGUGGAGACCAAGGACGGAGAAGCCCAGGCCAACCAGUGGAAGUGCGCAUUCAUGGAGACGUCGGCCAAGACCAACCACAACGUCACCGAGCUCUUCCAGGAGCUCCUCAACCUGGACAAGAAGAGGAACAUGAGCCUCAACAUCGACGGGAAGCGCUCGGGGAAGCAGUCCCGCGCCGAGAGACUGAAGGGAAAAUGCAGCGUGAUGUAAGUGGAGGAGGUGCAGGUGGAGAGAGGUGGGGAAGAAAUACAGAGAAAAGGAAGAAGAGAGUGAAGACGAGAGAGAGGAAGGACUCACUAAACGCAUUCUCAGAGCAAAAUGUCAGGAAGGUGUAACGGAAAUCUCAUCUUUCACCUCUGUUUGACUGCUGCGGUCACUAACACAGCUCAGCAUUUACUUUAUAACACACAGGAUUUCAGUUUGGAGCUUUACAUUCAUGGGCACUCUGUGGAAAGGAGAGAUGAGUGGGACUGGCACAGAAUAUUGAGAGGUAAAUUCAAAUAAGAAGUACGUGUCACAGAUGAAUUACAUGGACAUUUGCAUCAUCCAAGUGUCACAAAACCUGGCUGUGGAGCUCAUCAGGACAUUGGACUGCAAUAACUACAAGAGACUGCAGCAACAAAAAAAAAAGACUGAAGGUUUCUAAACUAUCCAAAAAUUGUCGUCCUCUCUCACUUCUUCAUCUAAGCCCAUCCUCCCUACUCAGCUCAGCCCGCUCUUCAACCCUCACACACACCCUUACUAUAACAAAUAUAGAGAGACGUAAUGUAAUUGUAACAGAGUCGAUAAACUGAGGACUCUGAUGUAUAUAAACAUGGGAUAUUUUAACAUACUCCGUCCAAACACACAUUAGUUACAAGUCAAAGAGUGAAGUUUGAAGCAUUAAAGCUUAAUCUUCUCAUCUCCUCACCCUCAGCCUCUCUCCAGACUGAUAAAAAAAAAGACCCUUAACAUUCAUCAAGAAGUCAUUCUACUAAAAACGAAUCCGCAAACUCUCUAAAUGUCCUCAUCUGAAGUGGAGGAGCAUCCAGCGGGUAUGCACAUAUUGAUACGACGCAACAAUCCUUUUAAGACUCUCAUCUAGUACAGAAAAACUCUGGAGGAAAAGAAGCUGGACACUCAUCAAUCAUAGGAAAAAGAAAAUCAAGUCUGCCUUGUCUACGAGGAUGAUACACUCGGAUAAUCAUUGCCAAGCUUGAACGAUGAAGAGGAAGGUUUUUGGUUCUGGGGUCAAGAAUGUCAGUUUACUUUGGCACUUUUCAAGUGAAGGUUUCUCUUCUUUAGCCUUUUUAUUCUUGUUUGCUAUCUUUAUGAAGCUUUAUAUAGUCAUGUUAAAGUCAGAAAAGCCCUCCUUAAACAAAAAAGCACACAGAUAGUUAAAUAAAAUAAGGGACAUACAGAUUAUUUAAUGUGACCCUGAAUCACUUAACAUUCUGUUUCCUUUUUGGUUGUUUUGGUCACAUUACCUCUCAAAUGCUCAUGCAGGCAUCGGUAAACAGGAAACAGAAUGAGUCACACACACACACACACACAAACACACACUCACAGCAUGCGCACAAAUGCAUUCAUGCAAGUGUCAGAAGUUACGCUGUUGACUGAUUACAUGAAGACCAACAGGGCUCACUCAGCCUCAAUGCCCUCACAUUGCACUUUAUAUCAUAAACACACACCCAGUGGACACACACACACGACUGUCAUUUUUCAUGUUUAUGCCUAUGAUAUGUUAUGUUUCAAUGAUCUCCACUUGACUUAACUCAGAAUAUCCUCCUGGAGCUCUAAUGUAUGUCCAAAGUGCAUGUUUUAACCUUUUGUUACUACGCAGGAGCUCUAAAUAUUGUACACAGUAAACACAGGACAGCCAAAAGCACAAUACUUUUUUAACAACAUAUCUUUUAUCAUUUUUUGGUUUUUAUUUUUUGUAUCUUUUUCUUCCUUUUAUUUGUCUCUGUGUGGGAUUUUCAUCUUUAACAUUUAUCUGACCACGGAGGUACAAUCGCAUCAUGAUCACCGGUAUCUCCUUCAUCUUGAGAUGUAAGUGUUUUAAUUUGUCCGGUACAUGGCACAAUGAGGUUGUGGUUCUGCUGAACAACAGGGUAUCAUGAUGUGACCGUUAGCUGUGGUUAAAUGUGACGUAACACCGAAUAGGACGCAGAUGCGGAAUAGAUUAUUUGCCUAAUUUUCUCCGUCUCUCUGGCGGUUUUAACAACAAUUUAAGUGGAGGAUAAUCUGCUCCUGUUCUGUUAAAUCCAAUGACGCAGACGAUGCCUCAUCUCAACUGUGUCUCCGUCUCUUCUGGACAAAACAAAAGCACAGCAACUGUUUCUGUCCGUGCUACUGCUCUGUCUUUAUGUGUGCAGCAGAAUCAACAACUGGGCACUUUAGGGUGACAUUUUACUUGAAGACUUGCUUAUUAAUCAGAGAUGCCUCAUUUAUAAGCACCAUGUAAAAUGUCCCUCCUGCAUUGUUCCCGCCCACAGACCCUCGUAAAAAUGUCUAAAAGAGUAGUUAUUGUAAAUAAAGCAUUAGGUAGUUGAAUGAAAAGUUUAAAAGAGCUUCGAGUAAGAUGUUACCCAUGUAAAGAGUACCCACUGUCUUUCUGGGAAUAAGUCCUUGGAAAUGUUGUUACAGUAGGAGGUUCGAUGUUGCUAUGUACUGUAGUUUACAGCUUAAUAACAAUGCUCAUGAUAUAUUUGACACAUCCACUCUUCAGAUAUACCAAUCAGAUAAUACUAGCGAAAUGUGAAUAUGUAACUAAAGUUGCCACUCCAUGGCUGUAACUUUUUCUGUUUUCUGAAAGCUGAAUGAAUCAGUUGUUAUCGAUGUGUUGUCCUUUGCACUAAUGUGAGGUCCUCUUAAACUCCUAAACUUUGCAUUGUAAAACGUACCCUUUACAUGUUAGAUGCCAGGGAUGCUCACUCUUUACUCUAUGUUUUUGCCAUCAGUUUAUAGUUUAAACGAGUUGUAAUAAUGAAAUAGUUUGUUCUGGCUUGUUUUAGAUGCCAGAAAGAUGGAGUGAUUUCUGUCUUGACAUGUCCUUCAAAAGGUUGAAAAGCUAGAAAAACAAAAGCUAAUAAUAUCUGUAAAUCUAUCAGACAGUGCUGGCCUGAUCUGAUGUGUAGCUACCGGCAGUAGUGGUACACAGGCUGCAUAAAUAUGAGCUUGACACAUCUGGUUGCUUAAUGCAAAACGCCAGCUUGCGAGCGCAUGUUUGUGCAAUCUGUUGUUCUGCUGACGUCUACAGGAGGCUGUCGCUGUCCAUGUUCCUGCGUGGAAUAUGAUAAAGCAGGGAUAGAAAAACAAUGACACAACAAGCUGGAGUGAGAGGCUGUGCCAUUAAUAGAAAUAGUGUGAAAAUAUUGUGUGUGCUUAUUAACUCGCCUGUGUAGGAUUGAAAUGUGCAUGUAAGGGGGCGUGCAUGGGAAGUGUGUGAGCGUGCGUUGUGUUUCUUGGGCUGUGUGAGUUAAAUGCUGGCAUGAAUCAGCACAGACACCUCUGCCCUCGUCCUCCCAUCGCUUGUCUCCUCUUAUUUAUCAAUGAAGCAUAUUCAUUGCUGCCGUCUGUGUGGAAGCCCAUAAGUGCAUUCAUGUAUCUUUCCAAUUAGCCAACUGUUUGCUUUCCUUCACUCUGGCCUGCGUGCUUUUGUGUGUGUGUGUGUGUGUGUGUGUGUGUGUGUGUGUGUGUGUGUGUGUGUGUGUGUGUGUGUGUGUGUGUGUGUGUGUGUGUGUGUGUGUGUGUGUGUGUGUGUGUGUGUGUGUGUGUGUGUGUGUGUGUGUGUGUGUGUGUGUGUGUGUGUGUGUGUGUG